AUGGUUCGUACCAAGCCGAACAAGACCACGACAGGACACGUGCUGACCAUGGCAGGAACCUUGAUGGCUCCCGAGGUGUUCUUCAGCGUGUGCUACGGGGACGAUUGGCCGCCAAAAGCAAUUCGCGACCUCCACACGUUUACGCCCGCGAUUCUGAACGGAUAUUGCCGCCAUCGCGUGCAGCUGGCCGACUAUCCCGCCGUCGUACCCCAGGAGGGCCACAGCGUGCGAGGUGUCUAUGCCACAGGCUUGACAGACGCCAACAUGCAAAAGCUGGACUACUUCGAGGGCGACGAGUAUGAACGCGUCAAGGCGACAGUCCAGCUCUUGGAGAAGAAGGGCGACGACCAGGCGGUCAGUGAAACGAAGGAGACGUUUGUCUACGCCUUUCUUUUCCCCGAAUGCCUAGAGAGGCGCGAGUGGGACUUUGAAGAGUUUCGCAGAGACAAGAUGAAGAUGUGGACUCGGAACCGAUUGGGAUAUGACGACGCACUCGAUGACAGAGAGGGGGCAAACGGUGUCUUGUAG